CCUAGCGGAUCAUGAGCCGGGCGGCGGCCGCCCAGGGCGCGGUGGCGGGCCAGGUGCCUGGGCGGCGCCGGCGCUAGGCGCGAUGCCGUUUCCCGCGGCGGGCCCGGGAGCGCCGCUGGCGCCGCCGCAACCCUGCGGCAUCUCCUCGGCGAUCAGCCUGGCCGCCCCCAGGGACACGGACCACGAGCUCACGCAUAAGCUGGUGGAGACCCUGAAGCCCUUCGGGGUGUUCGAGGAGGAAGAGGAGCUGCGGCGCAGGAUUCUAAUUUUGGAAAAGUUGAACAACUUGGUGAAGGAGUGGAUACGCGAGAUCAGUGAAAGCAAGAGUCUUCCGCAAGCCGUGACGGAAAGUGUCGGGGGUAAAAUCUUCACGUUCGGCUCGUACCGCCUGGGCGUGCACACGAAGGGAGCUGACAUCGACGCGCUGUGCGUCGCGCCGAGGCACGUCGACCGAAGCGACUUUUUCACCUCAUUCUACGAUAAAUUGAAACUACAGGAAGAAGUAAAAGACUUAAGGGCUGUUGAGGAGGCAUUUGUGCCAGUGAUCAAACUCUGUUUUGAUGGGAUAGAGAUAGAUAUUUUGUUUGCAAGAUUAGCAUUGCAGACUAUUCCAGAAGAUUUGGACCUAAGAGAUGACAGCCUGCUUAAAAAUUUAGAUAUUAGAUGCAUAAGAAGCCUAAAUGGCUGCCGGGUAACUGAUGAAAUUUUACAUCUAGUACCAAACAUUGACAACUUCAGGCUAACUCUGAGAGCCAUCAAAUUAUGGGCCAAAUGCCACAAUAUCUAUUCCAAUAUAUUAGGUUUCCUUGGAGGUGUUUCCUGGGCUAUGCUAGUAGCAAGAACCUGCCAGCUUUAUCCAAAUGCAAUAGCGUCAACUCUUGUCCGGAAGUUUUUUUUGGUGUUUUCUGAAUGGGAAUGGCCAAAUCCAGUGUUACUAAAAGAGCCUGAAGAACGAAACCUUAAUUUACCUGUGUGGGACCCAAGAGUAAAUCCCAGUGAUAGGUACCAUCUUAUGCCUAUAAUCACACCAGCAUACCCACAGCAGAACUCCACUUACAAUGUUUCAGUUUCAACCAGGAUGGUCAUGAUUGAGGAGUUUAAGCAAGGGCUUGCUAUCACACAUGAAAUUUUGCUGAAUAAGGCAGAGUGGUCCAAACUUUUUGAAGCUCCAAGCUUCUUUCAAAAGUACAAACAUUAUAUUGUACUUCUGGCAAGCGCACCAACAGAAAAACAACAUCUAGAAUGGGUGGGCUUGGUGGAAUCAAAGAUCCGAAUUCUAGUUGGGAGCUUGGAGAAGAACGAAUUUAUUACACUGGCACAUGUGAACCCCCAGUCAUUUCCAGCACCCAAAGAAAAUCCUGACAAGGAAGAAUUUCGUACAAUGUGGGUGAUUGGGUUAGUGUUAAAAAAGCCAGAAAAUUCAGAAACUCUCAGUAUUGAUCUCACCUAUGAUAUUCAGUCUUUCACAGAUACAGUUUAUAGGCAAGCAAUAAAUAGUAAGAUGUUUGAGAUGGAUAUGAAAAUUGCUGCAAUGCAUUUAAGAAGAAAGGAACUUCAUCAACUACUUCCUAAUCACAUUCUUCAGAAAAAGAAAACACCUUCGGCAGAAGGUAUAAGAUUGACAGCUGUGAAUGACAGCAGCCUCCACUUGACUGUAGAUGAUGAAAACAGCAUGUCUGUGCCUUUACCUAUGGGUGCCACAAAGACUGGCCCAUUGACUGGCAACCCUCAGGAAAGAAGCAGUCCUGGCCUGGCUAUAAUGGCAGCAUCUGUGACCAACAUACAGGCUCCUGAAGUUCCCUUGCAACACAUGAAUCCCAGUGAAAGCUCAGGGGUUGCAUUGAGUGAAAACAUUCCUCCAGCUCCCUCACAGCCUACCAUUUCUCCACCACCAAAGCCCACAGUCACCAGAGUUGUUUCUUCAACACAUCUGGUAAAUCAUCCACCUAGACCUUCAGGAAAUGCAGCAACAAAUAUACCUAAUCCUAUAGUAGGAAUGUAGAGGGCAUUCUCACCUCAUAAAGACAAAACCAGACAGAAGGGCAACAACCAGAUAAGUACAGCUCCUUUAGAAACUAAGCAGACAGUAACUUCUCUGUUGGCCUCUCAGGAAACAUCUGGCUCAGAUGUACCCAGUAUCCCUGUUCUCUCUCCAGAUCCUAUUCCUGUUAUCAAGAAUCCAGUAAAAUGGAUUGAAUGGAUAAAGACAACCACAAGGGCCCAUAAACAAUAUCUGCCAACUCAACCUGUUGUCUUCAAGUGCUAAAGAAGAACAAGGGUACCAGACUCUAGAUAUGACUUAAAAGAUUAAUGUUCAUUUGGUAACUUCCUUUACUGACCUAAUCUUGAUCUGAAGUCCAGAUUAGUAUGUGAAGCUAGAAGUACCGUUACUAAUGCCUCAGAUUAUUUGUGUUAGUCCCAGUACAUUAACUAUUUCAAAGAGAAUACUACUCUUAAAAGAAAAAAAAAGAUGAGAAAAGAAUAGAAAAAGAAAAAACCUCCCAGCUAUAUUUGUACCCAUGACAUCUGGACUGAUUUUAUGUUUGAUGCAUUUUG